GAACUGUGAUGCUGGAAACUUGAAUUUCCCUCGGGAUCUAUAACGUAUAUAUCUAUCUAUCUAUCUAUUAAAAGCAGGAUGUUUAGGAAACAGAUGGGAAUGAAUCAAUCAAUCUCAAGUUUGAACUUGUCAAAUAUGACGAUUUGCUGCGUUUCUCUGUUUUGUAUAAUUUUAUUAUUUAUUUAUCAUGUUUUUGAUUUUGGACUGAUGGUUGGACAAAACAAGACGUGAAUAAGUCAACUUGGCUUCUGGGAAAUUUGAAUGAACAUUUAAUUUUUAUUUUAAAUAUUUCCUUAAAAAAAUAAAUAAAACAAGGGUGGACUGAUUGGCAGAAUAAUCAAUGAUGAAAUAACCUUUAGUUGCACGCCUGGAUAAAUUGUGUGUGUUCACACAUAAAGAACAUUUUUUUUUGUUUAGGUGAUUCAAGCAGACUAAACAACACACUUACACAUAUCAGUUGUUGCAGUAAAUUCUGGACAGCUGCGGAUUUUCUAUUUCUAUUGGAUCUUUCUAUAUUUAAUAUCUAUUUUAUCCUGUCCUGUAAGAAGCCAUUUGGAUCACUGUCACACCACUAUAUCACUUCUCUAUUAGCGAGACUAUGCAUAUUUGUAAUUAUGUUCAAGGCUUAAUAAUUAAUUUUCAAGCUGUAUUGCAGAAUGUUUUCCAGAUGUCAUUAAUUUCUACAUAUGCAUCUUUAAAAGUUGGGCUUGUAGGUGUUUUAUUGCAUUUUUCUAAACUCAUUUAAUACAACAUGACAAAAGUUAGAUGAUACAAAAGUGACAGUUAUAAAUAUUGUCCUUUACAGCACAAACUAGUAAAACAACAGAUUUUAACAACCAUUUUUACAGUUUUAAAAUCAAUGACAGCUAUAGGUUUUCAGAAACUUCAACAGGUUUUCCUAGACAAAAUAAUAGCCCAUGCAUACAAAAGUAACUAAAAUAUUUUCUGUCUUUCACCAUGCCAUUUCAAUAUGAUUAAGAAUGGUAGAAGAAUGUGUAGGCCUGGUGAGCGUAGAGCCAGCAGACUUGAGACAGCAAUUUGAAAAGCUUUUCAUUGUAAGAAUGAAUACCUUUUUAUCUUUCAGAAAAUACUAAAUAGGCUUUGAGAAUCCUGUAUCAGGCUGCAUAUCAGACCUGUCAAUAUACAGUUUUGUUUUGACAGCAUCCCCAUGCUGUUGCCAAGGAUGCUCCAGAACACACACGCACACACAUGCUAUUCCAAGCACUCAGCUGCUGCUUGCAUCACCGAUUCCUCUGAGCGAGCUCCCGCUCUUGGUUUCCAGAGAAACGUAAUGACUUGCCAAUAAUGCGCAAGAGCACACGAGCGUCCUCCGUGUAAUAUGGUGAGCGAGAGGUCCCUGGGAGUGCCUGCCCAUUGUUUGCUUUAAUUUCAAAUUGCUCAAAUGCUCCAGUCGACACUGGGCACUGCACUAAAAGGGGGGUGCGGGAGGGAUGGGGGAAGCUGGGGAAAAGGGGAAAAAAAGUGAAUUGUGUGUGGCAGGGGAAAACCUAUUAGAGCUGGAGAGAACAAAGGGAGGCGAAGGAGGGGGCAGCAGUUGUGGAGGGGCCCAUAUAGCUACUGAAACACUGAAAAUGGCAAAUGAUUUUUACAACUUGCACUUGAUUAAGUCAAAGUCUGCACGAAUCAUGUAAUGCUCCUCGAGCUGUCAAGAGAAGAGCUUUCUCCCAGACAAAAAAAUUGCAGCGACACUAUCUGCUUCCAACCUCUAUUGGGUGACCCCAAAGUACAGAUAGCACUCAGAGAGCUUUUAUGUAAUUUAAAGUAUUCUAUGGUUAUAACCAGGCAGUCCUAUAUGUUGGAGCUUUGUUGUUCAUACUGUACAUCAAGUUGGUGUUUGGAUGUGGAUCUCUAACUCCACUGCAACAGCGUUUCUGCUACAGGCCUUGAUCUGUUUGGAAAAAUUGGCUGUCUUGUCUCGAACGUAUUCUUUCACCACACAAAAGAUUAAGAUUCAACACACUGAAGAAACAUGUACCAUUUUUUCCACAAUGCAACUGUAGCCUAUAGAGCAGGAUUUAUGCCAUAGGCUACUGACACUCAGGGUUUUCAAACAUUUUGUCUGUAUAUUGUGCAAGAUAUGGUAAUCUGUUGGACCUAUAGUGAGAGCAGAAAUACACCAAAGAUGGAGACAGCAUCCUCAAAAAACAUAUUUGAUUGUUAUAUUUUUCAUUCCAUUGAUUUUGCAAGCGUUUAAGAGAACUAUAUAGAAACAAUGUAUAGAAAUAAAAGGGUUUAUUUAAUUUGCUCUUCUUGCAGUAUGCUCAUUCAUAUGCCUUUGUAACUCUUUUCUUGGUCUAUGUUUAAUUGUCAGAAAUUUGACUUCGCAGCUCUUGAGAUUUAAAUAGUCAAAGGUUCUCUCGUGACCGGCUCCUGGUUAUGUUUGCAUAGGCUGAGUGAAGUUUUGUGGUCUCCCUGUGCAGGAUGAGGAACGUAUAAAAUAUGCCGGGAGGAAAGACAACACAGGGAAAAGCAGCCCCCGCACACUUCUACUGGUGUAUACACCUACCCCUCGUCCUGCUGCCGACCAGAGGGGAGUGGAGCCGGCAGAGGCAGGUAGCAGCAGCAGCCCCGGCUCUGGUGGACGCAUCCAUCGCAUUCCUCCACCUCCACCAUGCCGGACCGGGGCAAGAAGCGACGAGUGGAUGCUGUCAACCUAUUAGACACCGGCAGCAGCUCCAUUUAAGCGUCCAAAGUUUGCAUUUUGCAUGACGCAGCAGUGUGGAUGGAUUAGAGCAAGGAUGCCUUGAGCUUUUGCGACCCCCCCAUAUGGUAUAAAAUCCAUAACAUAACUGAGAGUACAUGGAUUAAUAUUGGGAGCGAAAUCCAUAUAACAUGGGAGACCUGGAGUGUGGCUUUGAGGAGAUGCAAGGAGUGAGAUUGGGCUACCUGCUCAUCAGAGGCAAGCAAAUGUUUGCUUUGUCUCAGGUGUUCACCGACCUGCUGCAGAACAUCCCUCGCACCACGGUGCACAAGCGCAUGGACCACCUGAAGGUGAAGAAGCACCACUGCGACCUGGAGGAGCUGCGCAAGCUCAAAGCAAUAAACUCGAUAGCGUUCCACGCGGCGAAAUGCACGCUGAUAUCGCGGGAGGACGUGGAGGCUCUGUAUGUCUCCUGCAAGACGGAGCGGGUGUUGAAGUCCAACAAAAGGAAAGCGAAAGCUGCGUGUGUCCCCGUGGGUGAGGAGGAGGAGGACAAGUCACCGGGGCUCCUCGGUGCAGACGCAAAACUGUGGAAGGAAAAAGUUUGGUUUAGUUUAGUCCCGGAGACUGUCACUACACUCCACAACAAACCGGGCAGCAGGAGGAGAGAGCUGACUCCAUGCCUUACCGACUCCAAACUACCUCAAUUUUACCACAAAACCAACGGACGGGAGUACCGUGCGGUGACCAAGUCCAGUCACAAACACUUUAAAAACUAUGAAACAGCGAAAAUAGCAGGGAACCGCGUUACUUUGAGCCAAAGGCACUCGUUUUUCCGGAGCGCAGUGAGCCGGCAGCCGGUGGCGCUUCAGUCCGCCAUAGCUGCUGCUGCUCAGUCCAGGCUGCUGUCGCGCUCAGCCGGCGACCUACUUCACAAAAGGAAGAGGAGGCGCGAGGGGGGCAGCGCGAGGCACUCGUGGAGCAGGAGCAGCAGACACGCGCACCAGCACCAACACCACCACCAGGUACCGCCGGUGCUGCUCGUGCAACCCAAAUCACCCGGGACCACCUCUUUCGGUGCUUUCCACCUGGGUCCGGAUUUCUAUCUUGACCCCAGACCUCACCAUCAUCACCACCACCAGCAUCAUCAUCAUCAUCAUCACCACCACCACGACGACGAAGAGCAGCCCGGCAGUUUCCCGGAGAGUUACAGCAGCGACACUGAGUCCAGCACCACCUACUCGGACCGUGCGUACCCGGACUCGGACUUUGGGUCCGGCCUCUCCACCACCAGCAGCACCAGCAGCUCCGAGGAAGAGGAGGAGGAGGGUGAGGAGGAGGAUGAAGAUGACACGCAGUCGGAGAGUUCAGAGGUCAGCUCAGACGAGGAGGAGGAGAGCUCCUCUCAGUCCGACUCCAGCUCGGUUUCUAGCCGCGUUUCGGUGCAGAGCAUCCGGUUCAGACGCGCCCGGGUCUCCGGUGUCAACUCCAGUAAAGCACCUUUGGUCCUGCAGCCCACGUUUCACUACCAGCAUCAACACAGGACACUGGGCCAUCAUGUUGCAGGAGAGAAACGUCAGAAAUGUGAAUUUAUAUGCAGUGAAACCAGAAAGGACUUUGGACACAUACAGACAACACCAAAAUUUAACUCAACGGGGGAGAGCUUUUUCACUGAGUCCAAAAGGGAAAAGGCGUUUUUUGAGGCUGACCAUGUGGACCAUGUGCUGGCUCCUUAUUCACCGGGACCCAACCGGAAUAAAGCGUUUCACCUCUCACGCAGGACACCCUCCAUGAAGUGCCCACCGGGACUGAGCGCACAGGACAAAGAGUUUCCCAAAUGCACCGAGAAAAGAGAGGCGAGAGCCAGCAGCAGCAGCAGCAGCCUGAAACUGCCCUCUCCACUGAAGAAAAUAAAGACCGAGCCAGAGGAGCUUUCUGUGACCGCCUCCCUCUAUUCGGAUACGGGCAGCAGGACAGCCAGGACGCUCCCCUUCAACCUCCACAAUGUGAAAGUUAAAGUGGAGGAAAGCUGUGAUGAAUACGAAUACCAGCAGGCCACUGUAGUCAAAUGCAAAGGAGAUAAUAAGACGGAGAGAGACUUUUUCAACAGCGGGGUUAAAUCCACAGAGAAGAGCCCAGAUGAUGUGGCUCCUCAGGAAUACAGGAGCACCCUGCAUGACGCACCGUGCAUGGAGGAGGAGGUGGAGCACAUAAGGAACAAAAACUGCAAAGUUCCAGUGCCUGGGAAUAAUAAUAAUAAUAAUAAGAAACCUCGUGUCUCCAGGACGCAAACAAAACAAAACGUGCCCAACAAGGCUGCCUCUUCUUCCUCCUCCUCCUCCUCCUCCUCCUCUUCUUCUACUUCUUCUUCGUUACGCAGCACUGUAGCAUCAUCGCCUGCAAAAACGCCUUUCAGCCUGAUGGCAAAUUUCCCAUCCCCACCGUCGCUGGUUGUUGGCAGCGACGGGGAUUUGUGCCCAGCUUACUCCCUGAACUCUCUGAGGGGCCCCGGGCCUCCCCCUCCGUCCCACCCCGUGUGGAGGUGGCAGCCAGGCGGCCACAUUCUCCCUCCCCCACCCGCUCCUCAGAGAACCAGGAAAUACUGAGCUAUAAAGCAAAAAAAAAAAAAAAAGCCCCACACCGUGUCCAUCUCCUAGUCUUAACGUGAGCGCACCAAAUUGCUCGCAACUUUUGCAAAGGUGUUUAUUAUUGUUAAUGUUUUAUUUUAUUUUUUUCCGUGAAUGUUUUAUUUUUUUUUUACAUUCCUCUUUGUUUUGAAGUUUUUAAUCGAGGAAAACCCCACAAGAGAUCCCCCUUUUUGGAGCCUCAGAAAAAAAACGCCCACAUGGACUGUGAGACAACCGCUCGUGGAUUUUACGCUUAAAGAAAAAAAACUUGUUUAAAUAAGCUAUCAAUCCUAAGCAAUAUGUUCUCGUUAUUGUUGUUUUACUUGACUGUUUUUCUGAUUUCGCUUUUACGCGCGACCUGUUGGAUUGUAAUGGUGCCAGGGUUUUUCAGUGGCUUUGUCUGAAAAAGGAAAAGGGGUUAAAAAGAAAAACAGCAUUCCUUGAGACGACUCUUAAUCUAGCUGGGAGCAAGUUUUUACUUAGUAAAUCAGAAGGAGAAAAAAAAAAUCAGGGUUUCCCAUUCUGUGCCACCUGGUGUGUUUUAUAUAUCAAAGCUGUUGCUGACCAGCUUGGCCACAGUGGCCCAUGUGUCCAAGUGUUCAAUUUCAGAGAAUUGUUUUUAAAAAAAAAAUGUUUUUAUCUAGCUCACAGUUAAGCCUUUAUUAGAUUUGACAGGAAUUAUUUAUUCCUGGUGGUUGUGGGUGUUUUUUCUUUCUUAUAGGGUGCUUGUGAUUUUCAGUCUUGUUUUUUUUUAGUAUUUCCUGGUUUGCAAAAUGUGCAGCUGCGCACAGAGGCAGACCCAGACACAACACAGGCCUUAUGUACAGACAAUCAAACAUAAUAAGGCUUCAUAGCACGUUAUAUAGGUCUCACAAUGGACUCAAGUCAUGUCCCUCCUGGGCCACCUGGCACACCAUAUUUGUCUGUACUUGCGUUUAGAAAACAAAGAAAAAGGAAAAACGCAGACAUACCGACAAUGUCCAAGAUAGGCUAUAUGGAUGGGAUGUGAUUCAGGAGUCACAGUGGGGAAAAACAGCACCAAAACAGUGUGGAACACCUUCUAGCUCUGGCUACUCAGAAACAAUGCGACAAAGCACAAGAGAUAGGCUUAAAUGCAUUGCACUUUGAUACUGUUUGGGGGGGGGGGGUCUUGUUUCAAGCUUUAGGGUUUUCUGACUAGCCUGUGAAAUGAUGUCUGAGAGAUGCUGAUAGAAAAAAAAACAUGUAAAGAUGAGACUGUUUGAUUUGGAUGUACUGUAAGGCCAAACUGCAUUCAUUUAACUGAAUAUUUAGGAUUCACCCAGUUUCCAACCAUGCCAUGAUGGUUUUCUGAUUUUCUAUCAUUUAAUAAUAUGCUCACUGUUGUUCUAUUUUUUUAGUUGAAGGAAAAAACGCCAAUUAUUUCCCUUUUAUUGCACACCCAAAAUACAAUCAGUUUUUUAAAAAAAUAUUGCUUUCUUUAUUAUGUCACCAUCUCAUUAUCUUUAGCCUUUUGAACAUGGCCGCUCAGUGAAUGUAGUACCCCACAGAUCUGCUUCAUUUACUCCCUAAAUCCAGUGAUAGACUACACACACCUUUUUAAACAGGAAGUGAAGCUGCACCUUACAUGUGAGGUGUGUUUUAAGUGUAGAUGUGUUUUUUUUAAUGGCAGUGCAGGACGCAAGCUCUGCUAAUUGGCAGGCUUUUUUUUUCCUGUCUGCCACAAAGAGAGGCCCAGCUUAUAUGGCGAGCCAGAUCACAACAAACCCAAAGCCCAGUGAAUGAUGUCAGCCCCCUCACACACAAGCACAGCAAAAAGGGUGCAUUCAUUCAGAUGGAUUGUAGAAACUAUUUAAUGGGUGAUUGUAAAAAAAAAAAAAAAAAAAAAAAAAAAAGGGGAAAAA